AUGAAUGUAGUGAAGAAGACUAGGAAUACAAUGCUCACCUAUUCUAACACUACCGUACUUCGUGCCUUGACCAAUGCUUCCGAAACCUGGGCACUUCGAGUAUUUUCAAGAUUUUACCUCUUGUGCAAAAAGUUGGAUCAGUGGUGUGCCAAGCCUGCGGGUCUCAUUGUCAUGUUGUCCCCGCAUUGCGCAUUGUCAAAACAAAAUAUUGGUGAUGUGAAUUCUUUGGUUGCCUUGCACUUCUGA